AUGGAGGUGGAUUGUCAUUUCAUCACGAAGAAGAUAGAAAAUGGGAUCCUCGUUAUCCAACAUGUUAGGUCCAAAGAGCAAUAUGCAGACAUCUUCACCAAAGGAUUACAUGGACCUACUAUGAGAAGAUUGUUAGUCAAGUUGGAGAUGGAAGAUAUCUAUUUCCCAACUUGA